AUGUUACUAACGACAUAUGCAGCUUUAUUUCUGGUUGUGCAUAUUAUUCGCAACGAGGCUACGGUCUUCAUGAAUGUUUUUGCCAUUCAGACAUAUUAUUAUCCAAAAUCUUCGUGUCACCAAAUUUCUAAUAUCAAAAGUAAGAGCGGUUGUUUAGGAACAUGCAUAAUCUCGGUGGAUCGCAAUGUCAUGAUCAGCCACGAUGAAUCUACAAGCACCUGUAUGUGUUGCAAUGACAUCGCAGGAAGUGACAUAACUGGUCCUAAUUGGAAAUCUUAUGUCCCACUACCCUGUGCUAACGGUUAUGCGUCUUACUAUUUGAUGCCAUACCAAAUAUGUCUGAUGUAUUUCCCAGGACCUGUCUCAUAUUCAACAGCUCAGGCCAACUGUCACGCUCAAGACGCCGAUCUCAUAAAGAUUGAUUCCCAGGAAAAGUACGACAUAUUCAAGGAUUAUCAUGGACCAAUUGCCAAAAAUGUUGAAAUUGAAGUCUGGGUUCAAGGGGAAAAGGUUGGAGAGCAGUGGCAGUUUGAUGACGGAACUCCGAUACCUAACAUCUGUCCAAUAAGAAUGGGGGAUAAUGCAGAUCAAGUACAUAUGCGGGCCAAAAGCUCUAAUUCUUUUAAAUGUAGUGAUGCUGAGAACGCCCGUCUAUGUAAUUAUUCGUGCGAAUACCAUUUUCUGUCGUCAUUCAAUAAUUAAUUUGAGAACAAUAAUUGAAACAUUGAAUUGAUGAUACGUUUAUGUC